UUGGAAGUGGAGCCGGAGACAGCAGAUUAGACUUCACAGCCUGUCAGAAAGUGUCAUCCUCAAAAACUAACUUCCUUUACGGAAUACACAACAUGAGAGGAUUAAGUAAUCCGACGUUUAUAUGGCUCUAGACUAGAUGUAGGAAGAUAAACAAUGGAAAAGGCUCCCACCAAUCAUGAGCCUCGUGACAGAGACGCACCGAUGUUACAGCGAAGCGGAUUGGCUGCGUCAGGAGAAAACGCAGACGCAGGGCUGGCUACAGUGUACUAUUUCCCUUGGAAAGUUUGCGACUUCGUAAUUUUGUCUUUGACAGACAAGGACGCCGCAAAAUGCUGUUUUACUCCGCUUAUUUGGAUUUUUCUGGGUUUGGCUCGGAGCGUUCACUUUUCAUAAAGACUAUACUGUAAUAUUUUACUGGUCACUGUGAGGAAAAGAACAGACAGGGUGUGUCUUUGGAGUACAGAAACAAAACUUUUGCGCUUGUUUGGACAUUUCAAGGCUUUUUAAUUUAACUGUAAAGGAAGAGGAAAGUUGGCGACAAGCUCAAAGCCACCAUGCUGGGAAAUGGUGGAGUCUACGCGGGGAAGAGGAGGAAGAAGCCCGUUCAAAAAAAUGUGAAAACCCCGCCUGGAGACGGGCCUGUGAAGACCAAUCCAUCUAAGCGCCACAGGGAUCGUCUGAAUGGAGAGCUGGACCGUUUGACCAACCUGCUGCCCUUCUCUGCCGAGGUCAGGGGGCGACUCGACAAACUGUCGGUGCUCCGCCUCAGUGUGGGAUACCUCAAGGUCAAGAGUUACUUCCACGCAACCCUCCAGAAGAAUGCAUGGUCAAGUCCCUCUGUCCCCACAAAUGGCAGAAACGGACAGGCCGCGUCCCUGGAUGGAGUCAGUUUCUCAGAGGGCGACCUCCUUCUCCAGGCUCUGAAUGGUUUUGUGGUGGUUGUGACAACUGAUGGCUUAAUCUUCUACACUUCUCCAACAAUCCAGGACUUCCUGGGCUUCCAUCAGUCGGAUGUGGUGCACCAGAGUGUGUAUGAUCUCAUUCACAUGGAUGACAGAGAGAUGUUCAGGUGUCAGCUCCACUUUGCCCUUGAUCCCAACAACACCAGCUUGGACCGGAGGACAGAGGAUAUCCAGUCUGGCGGUAAAACUAUGAGGAGCUCUCAGAGCUACCUGCCCCAGCACAUCCCUCCAGAGAAUUCCUCCUUUCUGGAGAGAAGCUUCUGCUGCCGCUUUCGCUGCCUCCUAGACAACUCCUCUGGUUUCCUGGCUCUAAACUUCCAAGGGCGUCUGAAGUACCUGCACUGCCAAGGCAAGACAGAGGAUGAAGUGACUGUGGCUCCUCCUCAGCUGGCUCUGUUUGCCAUUGCCACACCUGUGCAGCCUCCUUCAGUCAUGGAGAUCCGCACCAAGACCCUCAUCUUCCAGUCAAAACACAGAAUGGAUUUUGCACCCAUGGGCAUUGACACCAGAGGGAAGUUGGUUUUGGGUUAUUCAGAAACUGAGUUGAUAACAACAGGCUCCGGAUACCAGUUCAUCCAUGCAGCUGAUAUGAUGUAUUGUGCUGACAACCACCUCAAGAUGAUCAAGACUGGCGAAAGUGGCUUCACGUUCUUCAGGCUGCUGACCAAAACGGGACUUUGGGUUUGGGUUCAGGCUAAUGCCAGGGUGGUCUUCAAAGCAGGGAGACCAGACUUCAUCAUCGCUCGUCAGAAACCCCUCUCAAAUGAAGAAGGAGAGGAACACUUGCGUCAAAGGAGACAGCAGCUCCCGUUUAACCUAGCCACUGGAGAAGGUGUCCUAUAUGACUCCUACAUUUCUCUGGAUACCGUGUCAAUCCCUGGCCCUCCUGACUCUAAUGCUCUUGACCCCAAGGAGCCCUCAACAGAGAAGCCUCUAGAUCCUGCCUCUCUACUGGGAUCCUUACUCCGGCAGGACCGUUCUGUUUACACCCAGCCACAAGAGGCCAGCCCCCAGUUUACAGUCUGUCCCCAAGAAGAGAGCCCUACCUUCAACCCUCAGCUCUCCCUAGAGCAAGCCUUCCUGGACAGCCAUGCUCUGCUCAGUAUCCCAGGCCAGCUCCAGGAUUCCCAGAGGAUACCCAGUGUAGAGGACCACACAUCACUAGCCAUGUUUGACUCCUUAGAGCAGAUCCUGGGAGAAAUUGGGGAUGGUGGGAUAGAUGAUAUUGAAGUGGAUGAGGGAGAGCUAAGGGACUGGGAGAAUACCCUCUUCAAAAUGAAUAAGGAGAGGGAAGAUGCGAGAGAGCUAAAUUACUUACUAGCUAAUGAUGUAUUUUCAUAUGUGGAAGAAGCCCUGAAGAGAGAGACGACUGGCUAUGUGAAGGGUUCAGAUCAAAGUCGGUCUCAGGUUGCUGGGCCAAUCCACAGUUUGUCUGUCCCCCCUCAGGACCACUCUCCUAGGUCUUUGUUGCCUAGCAACCAAAGCUUGUACAGCGCCAACAGCUCAAAUGGUGAGCAACAGUGGCCGAUGAUGCCAGAUGUGGCCUCUAAUCUCGGUAGACCUGGAGAGCAGACAUUGCUGGGCAAUGUUUUUGGUGGUGUUGGUGGUUUGACAGGACUGACAUGUAGCCCAGAACAAAGGACAGCAAACAGGCUAAAACCCACACAUCACCAGGGGGACACCUCUUAUUUCUGGCCUCCAAAUAGUGGAGCUCACUACAGUAGCAGCCAAAUGGUUUCUCCACAUUCUUAUAAUGCUGUUCAGUCACAGCCUGAAGUACCAAAUCAAUCUUGGCUACCACCUACACAAAACACAAGCCAGCCUCCUGGUUUGAAGGUGGCUGGCCAAAGUGUGCAACCUAGCCUUUCCCUAAACCACAUGGGGACAGGUUACACUAAUGGGCAGAGUUCACAGCAGCCUCGUCCAGACCCACAGCUUCAGAGCCCACCUCAGCAAUGCGAACAGACUUUAUGGCAGCAGCAGCUGCCACAAAGUUUUCACCAACACACUCUCACACAUUCUUCACACACACCAGCCAGUGCUAACUCAACAACUCAGUCAUUCCAGUGUAGCCCACAAACACAGCGAUUAUCUGGCAGCUGCAUGUAUGAAAAAAGAGAAGGUCACAUGCCUUCCUCUGCUACUGUUCCCACCAGACAAAAUGGUCCUCUCCUGCCCCCCACAUGCUCCAGAGGAUCCACAGUUACUGCCCCACCAACCAGAGCCACCCCCUGCUCUUUCGUUCCCUUACGUAGCACCUCCCUUUCCCAGCAGGACAUGGCCACUAAAGUGGGACCCAUCUGGCCUACUGCUCCUUAUCAGGGAAUGAGACAGCCAUCCCAUGCCAAUGCUCAGAUGGCUUCCCAUACAGAUAUGAGCAGCAUCAGUCGUAGUCAGUCUGGUGGAGACAACCCUAACCUGGGACCAACUCUUCCAGGAUAUCCGCCUGAAAACGGGUCAUUACAGUCUUCAUACUUCUACUGGAAUGGUGAAGCUCAGACCACCAAAGUACCCCUGAAUGGUGUUGUAGACCCCUUCACCUUGCCUGCCCUCCCUAAUGGGAGCACCAACCUCUCCCAAAACACCGGCCCGUAGCCACAUCUCGGUUGCCCUCAGAGCCUUUGAUUGGAUGAAUAGAGAUGCAUGGGCCAUUAGUGUGACAUCCCUUGGAAGGCAACCAUUAAGAGCACUUUGUAGUGUCGAUCUCACUCUUGACCAGCCACGCAAAGGAAGACUCGAUGGGGAGUUUCUUUUUCAGGAUACACAUUAUAUUUUAUUGAUGCACCGUCUGCUGUGGCUUACCAAGAAAAGUGAACUUUUUUCUUUCAGUCAUUUUGUACGCUUUGAUAUGGAAGCUGCUCACAAUCCAGGCCAGCAGAUGUCUGAAACACCUAAGACAGGAAAAUAUAUUGAAAUCACUUCAUCGCAUUACAGCCUUUCAUGGAAAAUGCAAGUGUUGGAGAAAUGUCCAGGUGUCUAUUUAACAAACAACCUUGCACAGCUUUAAUAUCUGGUUCUUGAUGUAGUCAACCAACAAUGGUGACAUAUCCUGUCAGCAAAAUGGAAGCUGAAACCAACAGAAUUUAUUGGAGGCGGUAUCAGAUGGAGUUUGAAGAUUAAAGGACACACACAGCGACUCUUUGUGAGGAAAAAUACCAUUUCAAUUAAUUUGGAUGCCCAUUCAAACCACAAACUCUUCUGUGUUGCAAUGUGAAUCUGUUAACAUGGUCUACUUUUUGGUAAAAAUCUGUCUCUGAUUCUUGUUUUGGUUACCCUCCCUGUGCAUACUGUAUGCAGAAUGUAUCCACUUUCAUAUCCACUUUUGCUUUCUGUCUUGGAUCAUUUUUAUUUCAAGACAAAAGCUGGCUGAAACAGACUGUCAUUGAGUGGCAUAAAGAGAAGGCAUUGUAGAUUAGGAAAAAUUGUCCCGUUCUUUCGAGCAGGUUGCAGGUGUUAGUAAUGCCACUCAGUCUUUAUAUUCUAUAUUUUUGGCUUUACAUUUUUGCAGAUUUUUGGACUUUAUCAAUGUUUUGAUAAUGUUAAAUGCAGCUUGUUAUUAACAGAUGUCAGUGAUCCCAACCAAAGGGAGUUUGUUCAAGGUUGUUUUGCUUGAUCUUUUUUUGUUUUUGUUUUUGUCUCUGAAGACAUUGCUCAGAUGUAUUCAGCUCAUAGCUGUGAAUUUUUAAAAAAAGGAAGGUAGCAGCUAGUUGUUAGCCUGACGCUAAUACGGCUUUGUUGGAAAAAAAAAAAAAAUGACCCAGAGAUUGUCCAUAUCAAACGAUUUUUGAGUCCCAGUAGUUGGCCGAUCAUCCAACAAUUUAAAAUGAACUAAAAAAUGAUUUAUAUAUAUUUUUCUUAUUGAAUAAUUAUGUAUAACAUGAAAUGUACAAAAUACAGUAUUAAAAUACUGUAUAAUCUAUUUAAUUUCAUAUCACCGUCUCACUAGUUAGUGUUCACAAGUUGACAGUUUACUGAAGUAAAUUGUUUAUUACGCAAUUUUAAUGUUAUCACAGUCUUUAAAAUGUAAUGUGAAGAUACAUUUGUUGCAGCCAUAGUUAAUGUUGCAAGAUUUGAAAAAAACACUCUGUCACCAGCAGCCAUUAUGAUGCAGUACGUCCUCGACAAAUAGUCAAGCAGUUUUAGAGAUCAUGCCACCAACAGAACUAAAAAUCUUAGCUGGACAGUGAUAUGUGAUGAUAGAAUAUGUUAAGGAUUACAGGACUUUGGAUUAGUGGCACUACAUGGUAAUGUUGCAACGAGAAUAAUCUACAGAUCAAUUCACAGAUUGAUUUUACAUCCUCUGAAAUGUUUGGAGAUUCCUCUGUAGCAAUCAACACUCUCAGUUCCUACAUGUUUAAUUAUUCAGAAGCAGCGGGCAACCUUUACCAUCCAUUGUCUGUACACAUGGUUAUGGGAGAGAUGGCAGCUAUAAUGCUCAAUGUGAAUAGAUCUAAAUUAGGGAAUGUGAUUGAGAACUUCAGUAUAAACCUAUGCUAUCAUUUUAAAUUGUCUAUCCAUUUAUCUGUAUCAAAGCACUUCUUUUGUUCAUGUUUGCCUUGUACAAUCAUAUGUUAUUCAUAGCAAAAUGCACACAUUCAUGCAUUUUUGAUUGUAAACAAAAUGCUUAAGAAAAUGCCAUAUUAUUCUACUAUAUCAUUAUCCAUGUUAUCCAUUGUAACUGCUUUGUACUCCUUGUGUACCAAAUAUUACCCUUGGGGGCAAAUCUUAAGUUAUUUUGCUAUAAAACAAUUGUAACCCCCUGA